CAUAUUGGGACCGCGGGUGCACUGCGGAGUCGAUGGUUAACUAGACUUUCCUCAAUAUACAGUGACUUUAACGUUAAUUGUGCUUGAAAAUAGUGUGUGAUCAAAUUGGAUCUCCAACACCAUGUCGGAGAGUGAAGCAACAGCAGGGCUCGAAGAAUCUUCGACUGAUAAUGAAAAGGUGAAAGCGAUUAAUGGAAUGAAAGAAAUGGAAGAAGUCAAACUACAGAACGGGGAAUCGGAGAAACCCCAGAUAAACGGUGACGUAGAGAAAGGUGACGGUGAAGACUCUGAGGGAAGUGAUAGUGAGGAUAAUGGAAAGUCAGAAGAGAACAGAAACCAUAAAGAGGAGGAGGAGGAGGAGGAGGAGGAGGCCGCUCACACACAACAAAAUGACGUUGACGCCUCGGAGGAAAGUAUGGAGGCGGACGGUGUUGUGACGAACGAGGAGGAGCCCGUAGAUGAGGAUAACACAGAGGAAAAGAUGGACGUGAGUGAACAGAAGGAGAAAGAGGCGGCAAAGAGUGACAGCAGUGAAAGUGGUGAAGAGAAAGAGAAAAAAGUAGAAGAGGAGAAAAGUGAGGGAGAGAAAGAUAAUAAGGUGAAAGAUAAAGACAGUAAAGAGGGUGAGAAAGACAAAAAAGAGGUAGAUAAGGAUAGUGAAGAGGGAGAGAAAGACGACAAAGAGGCGGAGAAGGAGAAUAAACAGGGGGAGAAGACGAAUAAGACAAAUAAGGAGGGAGACAAACAGAAAAAGGAGAGCGAGAAGAAAGGCGAUGCAGUGACAGAGGAGAAACCGGCCGAGAAACCGGAGCCGAAAAAGUCCGAGGGAAAGAGGUCGAAAAAGUCGGCCAGGGAGACCUCGGACGACAUACAGGAGGUGCCCAUCAGGGAGACCAGGCAACUGAGGGUACGGCGGACCCCCAAGAAGUACACCGAGGACGACGACGACAUUAAGAUUACCGACGAGGUGAUCAAGGACGACAGCAGCGACAUUGAGAUGAUCGAGGAGAGCGACCCUCUGGCCAUCAGUGACGCCGACGUCAGGAAGAUACAGCAGAAGGAGAAGAAGGAGAUAAAGUCGAAGGACCCAAACGUGAUCAUUAUAGACACGAACACACUGCUGAAGAACCAGGGUAAUCUAGCAGCAGCCGUCGCCCAGUCCACCAGCACCACAAUCCACACAGUCACGGCCCGGGGCACCUCCACCGCCGUCUCAAACAUCAAUAUACAAAAUGCUAUCCAAGCCAUCACGGGCGGAGUGCCUGCCCAAGGCCUACAGUCGGCGUACAUCACUGCAUUACAGCAGGUCAGUCCCAAGGUACUGCUGGCUCAGGGUGGGCAGGUACCCAUGAACUCCCAGCAUUUGGCUCAGCUGCAACAAUAUUAUAACAGUUUAGGUCAUUUGCAGGAUGACGCCUAUGUGAUUGAGGCGCCAUCGUUUAUUGUGCCCUACGUUAUGGAGGGGAAGCCAAAGGAACCCAUUAAGACCUUCCUGCGUAGAAUAAACAAAGAUUUGGAGGAGUUUGAGAAGAAGGAGAAAGAGGAAGAGGAGAAGAAAAAGGCAGAAGAGAAGAGACUACAAGAAGAGAAGGAGAAGGAAGAAAAGGAGAAGAAGAAGAAGGAGGAGGCGGAGGAGAGGAAGAGGAAGAGAGAGGCGGGUGAGGAAGUCUCCGAGUCGGAGGACGAAGAGAAGAAGGAGGAAGAGGAGAAGGAGGAAAAAAUGGAAACGGAAAAGGUAAAAGUGAUAAGACAAGAUAAGAAAGAUGAUAAGGACAGUAAAGUAGAGAAAGAUGAAGAAAAGGAAGAUACUGAAGUUGACAGUAAAAAAGACAAGGAAAAGAAAGAUGACAAGAAGGUAAAAGAAAGUGAGGAAAAUAAUGAGAGUAAAGAAGAGAAGGGGAAAGAGACGGAUAAAGGUGGUAAGAAGGACGACAAGGGGACUGUGGUGGACGACGAUGAUAAAGAGAAUAAGGGCAAAGUGGGUGGUACAGAUAGUGUGGUGGACGUGGAGAAGGACAACAAGAAGAAGAAAGAGGAGGAUAUGACCCACUUGGGGAAGUGGGAGCCGUAUUACCGCAGUGCGUUGGGUAAGUUCAUGUUGGACUUGGGUCUCAACCAGGCUCAGGAAUUUCUCCAGUGUGAUUUGUUACGUAUGCAGAAGAGGAAGCUAGACAAGAUGAAGACUACUCCGUCCAGAGAAGGCAUUCUGUCUGUGAGGAUGUUAGAAAAACAGUUAGAGUUCACCCGGAUUAAGAAUUCCCACCUCAGUGUGCCGCUCAAGAUUUGCAAAUUCUGCAACUUCAAGACGGAGAGUGAGUUGGUGAUGGACCGGCAUCUGGAGUCUCCUCAUAUGGUCAAUUAUACUUAUAAGUGUAACUUCUGCGACUUUGAAACCCGCGGACCUCAGGUAAUCUUAUUCCACAUGGAAGCAGAACACAAUAUCCGGGGACGGCUGGAGCGCGCCCCGGCAUUUUUCCAGUGCUCCCUUUGUCCAUAUGAAGAUAACAACAAAUCUAAAAUGACCAGGCAUUCAUUUUCCUGCAGCAAAAAGUACAAGCCAGAAAAGAAUUGUGAACUAAUAGACUGGGAACCACCGGCCAAGAUUCCCAAGGUAUUACAUAUUCAUCGUGGUCGGCCAAACACUUUAGGUAAAGCUUUUGAACCUGUGAAGAUGCCCAAUCUAUUACCGAAAAGCUUAGCAGGGAUGAAUAUCAGUAUACAGUCUGCAGUCGCAUCAAAUCUCCUGACAACGGCGAACGCGGCAUCGAUAGCAGCGGGACGAGGGCGUGGCCGACCUGUGGGCUCAUACAAGAACGUUGGGACCAUAGCAAACCAAGUCCGAGGAACCAACACAGGUAACACGGGGUCGUUGUUGUACACGACUCGCGGCACGACGACUACGACCACAGGGAACUUGGUGCAGCAAGUAUCAGGAAACGCACAACAGUUCACACUUGGCAACCAAAUGUUCCAUCUUGUCAAUGGCCACCUGGUGCCAAUGUCGGGUGCCGCCGGCUCAGUCAGCAGUGUUUCCGUAUCUUCACAGUCGGCAGCGAGAGUGCCACGCAUCUUACCGUCCUCGUCAUCCUCUUCUGUCAGCCUCAUUCCUGGACUGGGAGCAUCAUCGUCUAUCACUAUACAGAGUGUACAAAGCAAGGUAGGGAAUACCAAAUCUCCGCAGCAGCCGAGUAUCUCCAUCACGCCGCUGCCACGGGGCGGCCAGCAGCAGACACAAACUAUCAGCAAGGGGGCCACACCAACACGUGAUUCCAGUGGGAAACCGUCCUUUGUUAUAUGUGAAAUUUGCGACGGUUACAUAAAGGAUCUGGAACAGCUGAGGAACCAUAUGAACCUAAUCCAUAAAGUGAAAAUCCACCCGAAGAUGAUCUACAACCGCCCACCGCUCAACUGCCAGAAGUGCCAACACCGCUUCUUCACAGACCAGGGUCUGGAACGGCACCUCCUAGGCACACACGGGCUAGUUACUUCGUCCAUGCAGGAGGCAGCCAACAAGGGCAAGGACGCUGGCCGGUGUCCUAUCUGUGGCAAGGUGUUCCAGUGGAAGCUCCUCAAUCAUGUGAGCAGAGACCACAAGAUGACGCUCAAGCCCGCUCACCUGUCUUACAAAUGCACUGUGUGCACCGCCACCUUCAACAUGUACAGGCUCUUUGAGAAUCAUGUUUACUCAGCACAUUCUGUUGUCAACAAAAAUAAAGGGGAUAGUGGCAAGAAGCAAGGCUCUGGAGGUUCUGGGUCCUCGGACUCGCCUCUUAAGAUUAAUGAUGAGAUCACCAUCAUUCCCCAGCCAGCAGUCAAAAGUCAAAAGUCGGAUAAAUCCAUUUCUUCGGGGAAGAAGUCGGACGGCACGCCAACUGUUAGCAAGGAGAUUACCAUUACCAAAGUGGGGUCACGACCAACACGAAGAAGUGGCAGCAGUGUGGAGGUGAUUAGCUUGGACGAAUCUCCAACCAAGAAAGCUGGGUCAGACUCCAAGAAACGCUCAAACAAGGAUAAUGUAGGAAAUGGCUCAAAGAAAGCACGAACCAGUAGCUAAUGAUGUGAUGUGCGACUGUUAAUGCUCCUAGAAUAAUUGAUCAGUGGACAAAAGAUGACAGUGGGAAACAGUUGGUAUGGAAGUCAACAAGUGGGAAUCUACCCGAGGAAAAGUUUAUAACUCUGGGACUUUUAUACCUUGAGCAGUGAGUUUGGAAUGGUAUGAGAUUUUUGCACUACUCCAACCAAGUAUAUAUACGGUAUAUAUAUAUAUAUAUAUAUAUAUAUAUAUAUAUAUAUAUAUAUAUAUAUAUAUAUAUAUAUAUAUAUAUAUAUAUAUAUAUAUAUAUAUAUAUAUAUAUAUAUAUUUAUUUAUAUUUAUAUUUAUAUAUAUAUUUAUAUAUAUAUUUAUAAAGUGCUGAUGUGUGCAUACAGGUAAUGGCAAAAUAAGGAUACUGAAGAAAAGGCUGAGUCAGCUAACUGAUCUUUGAAUCAAAGUGUGCGUAAAAGUUGCACAUUUGUACUUGGUGGUUAUGACAGUAACAGUGGUCGGUCAGGCUGAGACAUACACAAACAAUCUUGAAGAUUUUAUCAUACACAGAUUUCAAAAGUGACUGGUGACAUUGGAUAUAUGUGGUGCUGCAUCCUGUCCUGUUCAUACAUUUGUACCAAGUUUAUGUUGAUGGAACAAUGCAGGACAGGUUGUACAUUAUCACUAUUAUUUAACAUUUACAGGGUCCACAUGUUUGGCAUUAGACAUGUGUCGGUGCCGGAUCAAAUGACCCUUGCCAGUUUGAGUAAACAUGAAGGUGUAGUUCACAGUUGAUAAUUUCGUCCUAAUGCCAUAAAAUAAGUCCAGUCAUGGAGUACUGCAUUAGCUCUUUCUUUAAUUUGGAAAAUCAAAUAGUGUUUUGUAAGUGAGAGAAGAGUAGGCAUUAGCUCUUGAGUAUGUACCUCAUUAUUUGACCAAAGUUAUACUGCACAAACUUCUCGGUUAUGUUACUCUUCACGAAGAUCAUUGUUUUAUUUUUUGUUUUUUGUAGUAAAAAACAUCAGUUGUAUUCAUUCCGUGUGUGGGUUUGCCUGUGGGAGUUGUUCCCUUUUGUCAUCAGUGUUUCUUCAUUUCUUUGAACCAGUUUAAUUAUGAUUUUUGUUUCACAUUGUGAUAGGUCUCAACUCAGGACUGCAAGACAAAACAGAGAAAGUGAGGGUUCAGAUUCAUAAAUUUUGUGAUGAUCCACCAUAAGUGGAAGGUACAUAGUGGUUUUGUUGUACAGAAGGAAUGAGACAUGGAUCUGAACCUUAAACUUCUCUCAACAAAGGAUAAUAAAUUUUUGGUGAUGUAUAAAAACAAUAAAUAUUAAUUCUCGACUGUUACAACAAGAACACUGUAACACUCCUGCUUAAUGCUCAAUAUUAUCAUUUACAUUUUUUAUGAGACUAAAAUUCUAAAGCCUUGUUUCACUGGACACAGUGAUAGCUAAGCUGGGCAGGGCUUUUAGAAUGUAGUUUUAUUUACUCUUGCAAAGAAUAAAUCAUCCCCUGGUGCCUGUCAGAUUUAGCUCUGAAAAUCUACCUUCAAACUGCAUUGGAAGUAACCAAGUAAUGCUGCAGAACCUGUUCCAUGUCAUAAACCCUAACACUGCUUCUUUGCCACAUUGCACCAAUUACUUUUUGGUGGCAGGGUAUGUUUAUACUUGACCACUUACCUGACCCCACAAACCACCACUACUACCAACCCCUCCAUGUCAUAGGUUAUGUUUUCAAAUCAGGUGUUGGUAGGAGUAGGACACAUACCUCACGUUGCCUCUAAUUUUGAAAAGUGUCGCAACGCCGAGGUCCCACUACAUCAUGCCUUACCAACAACACCUGGGUACAUAAAUGCCACCAUAGAACGAGAAGCAUUUUAUUUUUUGAUUCUGUGUAAGAUAAAUUAAGAUUUGUACAGUGAUAUGGUCCUCCUUAGUUCACCUAAGAUGAUUAGUGGAGGAUUUAAGAAUCUUGGUACUGUAUGGAGUCUACUGUGCCUACAUUUUGCGUGGUGAUGAAUCAUUUUGACCCAGCACUGGAUCUUCGUUGAAAUUCCUAUUGUCACAACUGACGGAUUGUGAUUAUGAAAAGACGACCUCUGGCCCGUUUAUUAUUAUUUACACAAAUAUUACCUGGUUCUUUUACUAAACAAUUAUAACACUAAUUAUAUAAUUAGUUCAUAAAAGUAUUGAUCUCUGUGAUUUUAAAACAGGCCAUAGGAAUCAUUUCAAAUCUAUUUAUUCAAAAUAUUUGGGGAAAUAAUGAAGAGCUGUUUGUUGGUGAAAGAUGUUAAUCAGGCCACCGGGCUGUGUUGAUGAGGUGGACUCGUGUGGCGGUCACUCUGUGUGCUUCUUACAUUUUGACGGCCUCAUUGUCAAAAAGUAACUGUAGACAUUGUAAUUUGAAUGAUGUGAGAAUUUUGAGAGCCACAGAGUGUAGAAAGUAUUGUGAAUGUUUGACAACCCGCAGUAUGCCUCCUGAAGACGAGCCUGGGCCCAGUGCAUCACUCGUACCCUGGGUGGUGUAACCUUUUGUGCAUACCCAAGGAUACCUCUUAACACCACUCUCGGAAGCCCUGGAUGUCUCAUAUUUUGGAUGUUACACAGAAAUAACUUAGCUGUUAGCCACUAGAUGUGUACAUUUUCCCAACUAGUGACGUGUUGAUGGUGGUGUGGCACAGUAUAAGAAGCUGUACAUUAUGACUCAUUAUGCUCCAUAAGACUUAGGUUUAAUUACUUCAGUUUCUGUACACAAUGCAUUGAAUGUAAAAUGCUAGUAGCUAGUAUUUUAUUUAAUUUUUCUUUAUGGAAGUGUUAAAUGUUGUAGCUAUGUACACUUUUUUUAGGUGUAAUACACCAAUAAAAAUAUUAUUUAGAA